GAAUACUGAAACGUAGACGAUCAACAAAAUCCAUGAGAGAAUUCCUUUAUCAAGCUAAUUAACAUAGGAUUGGAUGAUCCUUCCAGAUCUUCUGAGUACCACUAGGAUCCAAAUUGAAAAACACAUGCACUGUAAUAGUGGCAAUUCUCCAUGUGGAAGAAGACAGUCAUCCUAUUUUUCGUUUACGAUGUAUUUAGAGGCGUACUUCCGCACCGAUGGGCCAUUGGUGAUUGUCCACUAUACUAUGACGAACCUUGUGACACAACAAAAGUUAAUUUUCACCUAUCGAGAUCAGCUCGAUUUGGUAAAUGUACGACCAAGAUCGACCCAUUCAAGCCAAAUUUACCCCAAGGCUAUAACCACUUGGUUCCUUUGAAAAUCGUUAUACAUGGCUAUGGGGGCUUGGGGAUAGACACAGCCACUACUAACGUAUCAAAGGCCUACGAAGAUGAAGGUUAUAAUGUCAUCAUUGUGGAUUGGGCCCCUUUAGGCAUGUUACCAUGCUACCCUACAGCAGUAAUAAACACCUGGCAUGUUGGUCAAUGUGUAGCCGUCCUUGCUGUAAGCUUGGUUCCUCUGGGAAUCUCACCUACUUUGGUGCACGUCAUAGGAUUCAGUCUGGGUGCACAUAUUGCGGGAUUUGCAGGAUCCCACUUAAACAAUGUACUGGGAUAUUCUUUUGGUAGAAUUACAGGUCUAGAUCCAGCACUCCCCUUGUUUGCGAAAUCAAGCAACGAUUGGAAGUUGGAUUCAAGCGAUGCUGCCUUUGUUGAUAUCAUCCAUACGAGUUCUGGAACAUUCGGGAAAAUAGAAGCUACGGGCCACUUGGACUUUUACGUCAACGGAGGAUCACUUCAACCAUUUUGUACCAAACGGCCAAGUAUUUGGCUACUGGAGAAAGCAUGCGGUCACUUGCUUUUCAAUUUCGAAUAUCACAUAACUACAUAUCCAUAAUCAUGAGACAGACGUUAAAAGUCUUGUGCGAACAUCUAGUACCUCUAUAUUUACCGACUGUUACAGAAGAUAUUUAAAAAAAAGUUUAUGUCUAAGUGGAAUUUUCCUUGUUGCGGUGCUAUUGACGGUAAACACUGCCGUAUAAGGUGUCCUCCCAAUUCAGGGUCUCUUUAUUUUAAUUACAAGAAAUGUUUCUCUAUUAUUUUAUUAGCUAUAGUAGACGCCGACUGUAGUGUGGAUAUUGGUUCCUAUGGAAAAGGAGGUGAUAGUGGUAUAUUUUUAAAGUCGGUUAUGGGAAGACACAUUGAAAAUGAGACCUUUCCAUUCCCCCCUGACUUACAAUUGCCUGGCUCAAAUAUAUUUUUACCUCAGUUUUUAGUCGGAAAUGGCGGAUUUAAGUUGCUUCCCCGUUUAAUGAAACCAUACCCUUUUACUCAAUGCCAAGAAGAUGUUGAGAAAAGGCAAUUUAAUAUCGCCUGAGCAGAGCUCGCAGAACCGUCGAAAGUGGAUUUGGCAUUUUGGCAAACACAUUUAGAGUUUUUCAUACACCUAUACAUAUGGAACCCGAUACCAUAGACAGUCUGAUUAUGGUAUCCUGUUGUCUAUAUAAUAUGUUGAUAUCAGAUAAAAAUACUGGAAACAUUCAUAAUUUGCAAGACAGUAAAGAAAUGCCUACCGAAAAUAUACGACCUAUGCGACGUACGAGUGGAACUGAAGUAGUUUCAGCAGUACUUAUUAGAAAUGAACUAAAACAAUACCUAUGUUUACCACAGGGAAGAUUGACUUGGCAAGAUGCCCAUAUAUAAAACAAUACAUUUAUGUAUUCAUUAAUUUAUAUUUAAUUGGU